UUAUAAACCGUAUGAUAUGAAUAGGCCAUCCCUGAUAGUGAUAAUAAUAUCCAAAAUUAUUUCCUUUGCAGUGCCAAAUGGGCCGAAAGACCAGAAUUACUCCUCAUUCCAGAGUUACACUAGUCCCAUGACAUCUUCGAUGGCCGCGGCUGCAGCUGCUUCUGACCCGUAUAUGUCGUCUUACUAUAUGACCUCAACUCCUUACCAGGCAUUUGGCGUUGGAGACGGCACUUGGAGUAAUGGGGGUGACCACAUGCAGACUUUCCUCGGAGGUUAUGGCGGACAGAUGGGAUAUGACUCACACAGUGCCAUUGAUGGCAUGUUCAGUAGUGGCAGUUUUGGUGGCUUCAACCCUCCCGGCUUUAACUAUGGUUUUCAUGGGAAUGGUGACUACAAUGCAUGGGGAGGGUCAGAGGUUCGUGGAGGGAACAAGCAGUAUGACGACUACUACCAGCGAGAUAAUGUCUACACCGAUGAACGUGUAAAAGCUUUGGAUCAAGGUGUAGAGGGACUAACUCUUGCUGACCCCAAAACAGGUCAGGAUUUGCCUAGGGAAGGUGGACCUGGAGCUAAUAAAAAUGCAGCCACUAACGGGAGUGGGGGAGUUGAAGUCAAGGCUAGUGGGGCCAGCAGUCCAGGAGGAGAAACAUCAGUUGGACUCGGGCAGCCAAAGAAAGGUAUGUCUUGGGCUAGUAUUGCCUCCCAGCCAGCCAAGCCUCAACCAAAUAGACGGCGAGACAAGACUACAAUGUCCUCCAUUGUACCUGGUCGUCAUAUGGACAUUGGAACCUGGGAGGGGAAGAAUGGAGGUGGACCGAAACCCGUUGCACCACCACCUGUCCCCCGCCCUGCAUGGGAAGCUCCACGAGGAGGCACGCGAUCCACUACCUCUGCUUCGUACUCUACCCCACCACCUCGCACCCCACCCCAGGUGCCUCAGCCUCAGCAAGUGCAGCAACCAGGUCAACCACAGCAGCAGCAACAACAACAGCAACAACAACAGCAGCAGCAGCAGCAACAGCAGCAGCUGCAGGCAUCCCCACAACAGCAUCAGCAGCAACAGCAGUCACUCCAGCAGCACCCACACCAACAGCACAUGCAUCCUCAGCAGCAGCACCAGUCACAUCAGCAACAUCAACACCAGCAGCACCAGCACCAGCAGCAUCAGCACCAGAACCAACAACUGCAGCAGCAGUUGCCUCCAUCACCCCAGCAGCAGCAACCCCCUCAAGCACCUAUGCUUGCGGGAGGAGGAAUGCACUCCAACAUGGAACUUGCCCCGUCACCUCAGAGUGGACCACCGGUACCUGUGUCCCGGCCCAUGUCUCAUGCCCCAGGACAGAUUAACGAGCUACAGACAGAUGAUGGUAUCUUGGAAGACUUGCGAAUGCGCAAUGACUACAACCCUAAGGAUUUUGACCUUAGCCCUAAAAAUGCACGUUUCUUUGUGAUUAAAUCUUAUUCAGAGGACGAUAUUCACCGUUCUAUCAAAUAUGAGAUAUGGUGCUCCACAGAACACGGUAACAAGCGUCUUGACUCUGCUUUCCGUGAACGAGAGGGUAAGGGGCCAGUGUACCUUUUCUUCUCAGUGAAUGGAUCUGGACACUUUUGUGGAUUAGCCCACAUGAUUUCCACUGUAGACUACAACUCAUCAUCAUCAGUGUGGGCCCAAGACAAAUGGAAAGGCCAGUUUCGAGUGAAGUGGAUAUUUGUAAAGGACGUUCCAAAUAGCCAACUGCGGCACAUUCGGCUGGAGAACAAUGAGAACAAACCUGUAACAAAUUCUCGUGAUACGCAGGAGGUGCCAUAUGAAAAAGGAAAACAGGUUUUGAAGAUAAUCAUCCAGUACCGCCACACCACCUCCAUUUUCGAUGACUUCCUCCACUAUGAAAAACGGCAGGAAGAGACGGAGACACGCAGGCAUCCUAAUACUUAUAAGGAUAUGGAAAGAGGUGACGAUCGUCGUGGUGACCGUAGCUUAGAGCACCGAGACCACAGGGAUCACCGAGAUCCCCCCAGGGACCAUCGAGACCACCGUGAUAGCCGCGACCACCGCGAUGGCCGUGACCACAGGGAUGGACGUGAUCACCGUGAUCACCGAGACCACAGGGAACACCACCGGGGGGGUAUGGGUGGGGGACGUGGCCGAGGGGGGCACCACCAUCACCACCGUGGCGGACGCAACUAAUCACAGACUUGGCAAAGCCACAGUGUUAUAGCCCUGCAGAGGUGAACAUUGAGGGAUGUCAUCUGUGGUUUAAAAAACUUGCUAGAGAACAGAUUUGCUAGAUAAAACUAGCAGAGUGGAUGUUAAAACAAAGCAAAAGAGAAAGCAAAAAAAAUUAUUGAUUAUUAAUUGGCUUUAAUAUGAUCAUGUUUAAAAUAUAUAUUGCUGGACAAUCUAAUCUUAUGAAGUUUUGCAGUCAGUAGACUUCAGACCAUUAAGACUUUUUUUCUAUUUCUUUUUUUUUGCAAUGAAGUGAAGAAAAUCUUACUUCAUGAAGGACUGACUGAUUGAGUGAGGUUUGAAAGACUUUUGAGCCUCUAAGUGUCUGCCAUUUGGAAAUUAUGAUUGAACAUAAUGCUAUCACUUGAAAACUGAUAUUGCACUGCAUGUGACCAAAUACAGUAAUAACAUGUCCAGCCAUGAAUACUGCGCCAUAAUUGUGAGAAGUGUAGCAGUGCACUGAAACACUGUUUUCGUCCACUGUUCAAGUUUAGACAGGCACCUGUUAGCACUCAAACUACACCAGCCUGAGGAUCAGCUUAAGUGAUAUCACAGAGUAAAAAUAACUUCACACGAUUGUCACUGUUCCUUGAGGAACACUUUGGCAUUCAAGAACUGCAAUGAAUAUGCCACUGUCAUUGUUAUUAUUUUGUUUCUUUCACUGUUGUGGUUAGGGGAAUGGAACACAAUAUAUAUAUUUAAUCUAAUCCUCCUAUAAUCCUACAACUGCGGCUUGUAUAGGCGAGCCGGAUGACCGCCAGAGCCCACCCGGGGGACCUGAACUACCAAGCAAAAGUCGAGAGCAGCGGCCCCCAUACCAGCUAAACCCACUUACUUCUCUUUUUAUCUUUUUUUUUCUCUCUCAACAUUCAUCAUUUAUGAAUUUAUGGAUGUUUUCUUUUUUCUUUUUUUUCUUUUUUUUUUAUGAUCAAACUUUCUACAAGUUUGCCUGUGAUUGGGUCCAUGGGGGAUUUCUGUGAAUAAAAAAUAUAUAAGAAUAAAAAUAAGUGAGCAUUUCCAGUUUUUGUCAAAUAACAACAGUGACAUUGGAAAGUGCAUUGUGGAAGGAAAGUCUGUGUGUGAUUUUGUUGAAUAAAGAAGUGGUGGUUUUUGAGGAAAAAAAAUUGAGAGUUAUUGUGAUGAGAACUGGAUGAUGUUAGGGAUAUUCAUAUCAUUGGCUCGGGAUAUUAAGAGAGUGACAAAUAAGGAAAAUGAUGAAAUGUACUUUGGUGUUUUAUUUCUUAGUGCCUGAGAGUAUGGAAUUGUGUAGUUAAGGUGAUAUUGUAAAUGCUCUGAAACAUUUAAAAAAAUAUAUAAACAAAAGAUAAAAAAGUUAAACUGAACCACCGUAGACUGAAGUUGGUUUGUCUCAGCAGUGCCUCAAUUAAGUGAAAUAAUUGUAGUUGUUAGUGUUAUCAUAUAUUGCCAUCUAAUAAUUGAUAUUAGGAAAAAAAACACUUGAUGGUUCUUUGGAAUCAGUUAUUCAAAAAUAUAACAAUUUUAAAGCCCUCUUCAGACUGAACGAAUGAUUUAACGAAAACAAACAAAAAACAAACAAACAGCAGUUCUUGUGACCAUGGUGUUAUGAAUGUGUUACAUGGUUGAGAUAUUUUUCAAGAAAAAUUGUGAUAAGCGAACAGAGUAGAAGGAAAGAAAAACAAACAAAUAAAUGAAGAAGAGAAAAAACAGAACAAAGAAUGAAGGAAAGUGCUGGGAAUUGCUUGGUGCUGCUUUGAAGGUCACUUGUGCUUGCUAGAAUGCCGCCACGUAUCAAGACCACCUCCCGUUGUGUCCAGCGAAAGUGUCCACUGUUGCGUCCCAGCCGUGGCUCGUGCACGGGCCUGUCAACAACUCCUUGGGUUAAGCUCUGCUUCACUGCCUCUUGUUUGUCAGGGAUGUGUCAGGGAUUUAGCUUUAGAGGGAACAGGAUGCAGAGCUUUAGAACUAUAGUUUAAAAUUUUUUUCCCGUCUUCAAAAUUAGGGCUCGUGCAACAUGGAUGGUACAUGCAAUGGUGGACAUGUCUGCUUGUUUCAUUGUUUAUUUUAUUUUUAUUUUGUUAUUGUGAGUUUGAGAAAUGUAUGGCACAUCAGGCCUCUGCUCUUUUCUUGUGAUUGAUGGAAGAUGAGAAAUACUUUGUAAUUAAUAAUUUGCAAUUAUGA